GCUCCUCCAAUGCCAGUCUCUUCCACCGUGGACAAAGACCACUCGACUCCCACUGUUAUUACGAUUAUACCCUCUGUUAGGUUUCCAUGGAGUGUUCUGGGACUUCCGGCGAUCUGAAGAGGCGCCGCGCGGAGGAGGAGAUGCCUUCGCCGGGGACGAAGCGCCUCCGCGAGGAUCUCCUCUUUGAUGACGACGACGAAGGAGAGGACACCGUGGCCGGAGAGCAGGACAUCGCGUCGGUGAUGAAGAGCCUGGAGGAAGAAAUCUCCCUACCGGAAAAGGGCAAGGGCGGCGAGGCCGGCGAGCAGCCGGACCUGGGAUUCCUGCUCGAGGCCUCCGAUGAUGAGCUAGGCCUUCCGCCGCCCCCUGCCGCGUCGUCGUCCUCCGAAGAGGCCGCGGCGGCGCCGGCUGCUGAGGCGGAGGCGGAGGCGGAGGCGGUGUGGUUUGGUCAGAUGUGGGAGUUGGCGGAUGAUUUCGACGAGUAUUAUGGGAUGGGCGAGUUCGCCGGUCUCCGGCCGGAGGAGAGACCGGUGGCUGAGGCGGAGGAAGUCACGGGCUUCGACCUGUUCGAUUUCGCCGAUUCGCUGUGGCCGUCGGAGUCGCUGCCGGCAAACUGACGCAAAACUGGACAAAUAAUUUUGUUGUAUUUUUUCUCCUUUUUUUUUUAUAAAAAUGAAAACAUUCGAUAUUAAUAAUAUAAUUUUAUUGAGUUUUAAUGGCCAAAAAUCAAAGAAUGGCAUGAAAGUUUCUG